AUGAGACCUGCUGAUCUUGGAUCAAAUUUAAGUUCUGAGAGCAUUCAAAACAAGUCAUGCGAUUUUUCAGUGUGUCCGAUACAAAUCAACGAUGAUGCAGUAAAUACUAAUUCUACUUUCGAGAGUUUUAGGGAAAAAGGUUGCCUGCAGAAAAACAACAACAUUAAUUCGUCUCACAAUGAAGAAGAUAUGGAUAGGCAUUAUCAAGAAACCAUUAUAAAGAAAAAUAUAAAAGUUAAGAUUGGAAAAGGAUCUCAAAAAUGUGAAAUUUGUUUCAAGCAAUUUACUCACGCAAUUUAUUUAAAACGCCAUUUGAGAACACACACUGGAGAGAAGCCUUACAAGUGUGAUGUUUGCUUUAAAAAGUUUUCACUAGCUGGUAAUUUGAAGUCACAUUUGAUGACUAACACUGGAGAAAAACCUCACAAAUGUGAAAUUUGUUUCAAGCAAUUUCUUACAGCAGGUUGCCUGCAGAAAAUCAACAUUCAUUCGUCUCACAGUGAAGAAGAUAUGGGUAGACAUGAUCAAGAAACAAUUAUAAAGAAAAAUAUAAAAGCUAAGAUUGGAAAAGGAUAUCACAAAUGUCAAAUUUGUUUCAAGCAAUUUACUAACGUCAUUCAUUUAAAACUCCAUUUGAGAACACACACCGAAAAGAAGCCUUACAACUGUGAUAUUUGCUUUAAAAAAUUUACUCUAGCUGCUAAUUUGAAAUUACAUUUGAUGGCUCAUACUGGAGAAAAACCUCACAAUGAAGAAGAUAUGGGAAGACAUGAUCAAGAAACAAUUAUAAAGAAAUAUAUAAAAGUUAAGAUUGGAAAAGGAUCUCAUAAAUGUGAAAUUUGUUUCAAGCAGUUUGCUCACAGCAUUCAAUUAAAACACCAUUUGAGAACACACACUGGAGAGAAGCCUUACAAGUGUGAUGUUUGCUUUAAAAAGUUUACUCAAGCUGUUGCGUUUGUUUGUAAUAUUGUGUUGUACAAGCCCAACAAACAUAUAAUAGCUGGUCAAGCUAAAUACUGA